AUGCCAAGAAUGGCUCCUCCUGUGGUGGCAUCGAAUGAUGGGGAGGAGAACAUGGGAUUCGACUCUCCUCCCGAUUGCCGGAUGGAAUGCUGGCCGCCAAGGGAGGACUCGUCGGAAACGAAGAACGUGGAGGGCAGCGGCGGCUCAUUUUUUACCACUCCAAGUUGUAAAGUGCAUCGCUACAGCGUUUGGCAGACGGCGGCACGGCCGUGA